CUAUCCAUUGCAAUCUGAAUCCAAAUGGUAUUGAUCACUCUGUCCCCACAGAAGGUAUUAAUCUGCAACUCGAAGGUGAAGGAGUUGAAUCGCCCUCUGUUAAGAACACUAAUACUCCAAAAGGGCCCGAGUCAAAAGAGACACCCAAGAAACAACCAGUGGAGCCGGAAAUAUCUAAG